AUGAUGUCGGCCGAGCCGCCGUCGUCGCAGCCGUACAUCAGCGACGUGCUGCGGCGGUACCAGCUGGAGCGCUUUCAGUGUGCCUUUGCAUCGAGCAUGACCAUCAAGGACCUCCUCGCCCUGCAGCCAGAGGACUUCAACCGCUACGGCGUCGUAGAGGCGAUGGACAUUUUGCGGCUGCGUGACGCCAUCGAGUACAUCAAGGCUAAUCCGCUCCCCGCCUCGCGCUCUGGCAGUGACGUGCUCGACAACGACGGCGACGGCGACGGCGAGGGCGACGACAGUACGCCGGAGGGGAAGGAGGGGUGCUCGACGGAGCGCCGGCGGCAGUACACAGCACGCGGAACCACAGUCCUUUGCCGGUCGACCGACACCGCCGAGGAGGUGAAGCGCAAGAGCCGCAUCCUCGUCGCCAUUCGCAAGCGUCCGCUCAGCGCCGGGGAGCAGACGAACGGCUUCACGGACAUCAUGGACGCCGACAACAGCGGCGAGAUUGUGCUGAAGGAGCCAAAGGUGAAGGUCGACCUCCGCAAGUACACCCACGUGCACCGCUUCUUCUUCGACGAGGUUUUCGACGAGGCCUGCGACAACGUCGACGUGUACAACCGCGCUGCCCGCGCGCUGAUCGACACCGUCUUCGACGGCGGCUGCGCGACAUGCUUCGCCUAUGGACAGACAGGGAGCGGCAAGACACACACGAUGCUGGGCAAGGGCCCCGAGCCGGGCCUCUACGCACUCGCCGCCAAAGACAUGUUUGACCGCCUCACGAGCGACACGCGCAUCGUCGUUUCCUUUUACGAGAUCUACAGCGGGAAGCUCUUUGACUUGCUGAACGGCCGGCGACCCCUGCGAGCCCUCGAGGACGACAAGGGCCGGGUGAACAUCCGCGGCCUCACCGAACACUGCUCUACCAGCGUGGAGGACCUCAUGACGAUCAUCGACCAGGGCAGCGGUGUUCGCAGCUGCGGCUCCACCGGCGCCAAUGACACAAGCUCCCGCUCCCACGCCAUUCUCGAGAUCAAGCUCAAGGCGAAACGGACGUCGAAGCAGAGCGGCAAGUUCACGUUCAUCGACCUCGCUGGAAGCGAGCGCGGCGCUGACACGGUGGACUGCGCGCGACAGACACGCCUCGAAGGGGCGGAGAUCAACAAGAGCCUACUCGCGCUGAAGGAGUGCAUUCGUUUUUUAGAUCAGAACAGGAAGCACGUCCCGUUCCGCGGCUCGAAGCUGACUGAGGUGCUCCGCGACUCGUUUAUCGGCAACUGCCGCACGGUGAUGAUCGGCGCCGUCUCUCCGUCGAACAACAAUGCCGAGCACACGCUGAACACGCUGCGCUACGCCGAUCGUGUCAAGGAGCUGAAGCGCAACGCCACGGAGCGGCGCACUGUGUGCAUGCCCGACGACCAGGAAGAGGCCUUCUUUGACACGACCGAGAGCAGGCCACCGUCGCGGAGGACGACAACUCGCCUUUCUACGGCCGCCCCGCUUUUCUCCGGCUCUUCGACGGCUGCGCCAGCACUUAGAAGCACGCUACUCAGCAGCCGCUCCGUCAACACACUCUCGCCGUCGUCGCAGGCCAAGUCGACUCUCGUCACCCCGAAGCCGCCGUCGCGCGAUCGGACUCCGGACAUGGUGUGCACUAAGCGGCCCCGCGACUCAGACAGAAGCGGCGAGGACGAAGUGGUAGCGCGGCCGAGUGGGCGCCCAAGCUUCAAGCGCUUCGAGAGCGGCGCCGAGCUUGUCGCGGCCCAGCGCAGUCGCGUCAUUGACCAAUACAACGCCUACCUCGAGACGGACAUGAACUGUAUCAAGGAGGAGUACCAGGUGAAGUACGACGCAGAGCAGAUGAACGCCAACACGCGCAGCUUUGUGGAGCGCGCACGUCUGCUGGUGAGCGAGAAACGGCGCGCGAUGGAGUCCUUCCUAACGCAGCUGGAGGAGCUCGACAAGAUCGCGCAGCAGGUCGCCGACAUCACCGCCUUUCAGCAGCACCUGCCGCCAACGUAG